AUGGAUGUCAGUCAGUUUAACGGUAAAAUUUAUAUUCAAAAUAAUGGGACAAUCCAUUUAUAUAACAAUAGUGAUAGAAAAUUAACCGAAGAAGGAAAUGGCAAAAAAGUUGAGAUUUUUGAUAAAAAGAAAGAAGUAUUUGUUGAGAAAAAGACAUUUGAAAAGACAGUCUCAAUCUUAAAAGAAAGUAUUAAAAAUAUUGAAACUAGCUUAAAAGAACUUAAAAAUUUAGUUGAUCGAAGGUGUGUUAAAGUAGAUAAAAAUGAAAAAGGAAAAGAGUUAAACGAAGAAAAUCCUUUAUUUUUGAGUCAAUCAACAACUUAUAAUUCUAUUCAAACUGACGUUAAAUUAUUAAAAAAGAAGAUUGAUAUACUUCAGAAGAAAUCAGAUAUUGAUAAAAUUAAAGUGAGAGAUUAUUCAAUGGUUGAUUAUAUUUCUUAUCUUAAACAAUGGACUAACAAAUCACAUUUUAAAAUUAUUUAUGACUCUUCUAUUGAUGAGUUAUCAUUAAGAGGUCUUAAUAGUAAAAUUAAAGGUUUAACUGAUGUACUCCUUCUUGUAGAAACUGAUAAUAAUGAUUUAUUUGGUUCAUUUACAGCAACAAGAGUACCAAUUGUUCGUCAUGAAGAACAUACAACAUUCUUUGGAAAAGACCCUGGUUUCUUUGUUUUUACAUUACGUAAUCCUCAUAACAUUCAACCAAUUAAAUUUAUUAAAAAAGAUUGUUAUAAAACAAUGAUGUUUUGGAAUCAACCAAAUGAAUUAGAUGCUGUUAUUUCUGCUAUUCUUUGUUUUAGAAUAUCGGAUGGUGGAAAAAGUAUGAUAAUGAAUCAAUUCAAAGAUUUUUAUGAUGACCCAACUGGAUUAGGUGAUGACGUAUUUACUGGGUCUCAUGAACCAAGUUGUUUUGGUUUAUCAAGACUAUUGGCAAUCAAAUGUAAUUGA